AUGGAAAUGCAGUUGGAAAGAGAUGCACUUCAGGACAGCAGACAGAAGGAAUUGCAGAGCCAAGAGAAUCUACAAACACAGUUAAAAAAUAGUCCUGGAGAGCUGGAAGCUGCCGGCCAGCAGCAGGAUGGGGUGCUGAGGGAGGCUGACAGCCAAAAUGAGUGUCUGACAAAGGUGGUGCACAGCCUGGAGGAAUCACUUCUGGAAUGAUGUGGCAUCCUAAUGGACUGCAGAGACAGCAGGGGCAGGAAGCUCAGUGAGCAUAGGGACAUGACCAACCUGAGCACAGCAUUUCGUGGUGUCCUGCAGGACCUGGACUCACAGGUGUCACACCUCAAAGGAAAGCUGGUCCUGGCAGAGGUAGAACUUCAGUUGCUGGCAAAAGAUUCACAGACCCAAAGAUAACUUCUGCUUCAGCAACAUCAAAUGUCAAAAGACCUUGAGAAGCAGUCGCAUGUAGCUCAUCUUGAGGCAGCAGAAGCUCAGACAGACCAGACACAACGUGGCCAGGAACCUGCAAACCCGAAUGACUGGAUUCAUCAGUUGUUGACUGAACUCCAUAAAAAAGAAGAACUAAGCCUAGAAAAAGAGCAGAACAAGCGUUUUUGGGAUCAGAACACAGAGAACAGCAUCACCUUGGAGCAGCUCAGGAGGCAGCUGGACAACAGAAAGAUGCAGCUGCAGAGCCUGGGAAAGGCACUGAAGGGAAUGAGGAAGGAGUGUCGCAGACAAAUGGAGUGCCAGAAACAAACAAAUAUUUUGCUUGACCUGAACUGCAAUGGAGCAACGGAAGUGGAGAAAUCCCAGCUGGAAAAAGAAAUAAAUGACUGGAAACUCAAAGCAGAAGAGUUUAAGGUUGCAAAGGAUGAGAAAGAAGCCAGAAUACGUGAAAUGGAGGCCAGGCUGAGCGAGUUGGAGCUGGAAAAAGUUCAGCUGGUACUGAAUGACACAAAACUGGAAAAGGAUGAGCUCUUUCAGGAGCUCCAGGCUGGCCAGAGGGAGCUAGCUGGCCUUGCAGGUAGGGAGUCUGAGCAUUUGAAGAGGAAUUAUUAGGGUGAAAUCAAGGAAAUGGAAAAUACUGCAAACAGACUGAAAAUGCAGAGCAAUGCACUGCAGAGCAAGAUUAAAUUCUUGGAAGAGGCAAUGGCAAACACAGCUAAGGAGAAGCAUUACCUCAGAAAAGUAAAACUAAGUCAAAAAUUGAGCUGUAUAAGAGCAGAGAAUACCAGUAUUGCUGGGGACCUGGAGAUCCUGAGAUCACAAGACAAACAGCUGAAAGAAAAACUAUCAAAAAUGGAGACAGCCCUUGAUAAGAAGCCUUCCAAGCUGGAUGGUUUGAAGGAUCUAAAGAGGAUUCUUCAAGAAUUAACAAGUUCAGACAGUGACAUUCCCUCCAUGGAUCUGAGCAGCCAUGGUGGGAGAAAAUCCCCUUUAACAGCCAUGAGGAAUGCAGUAGGGACUUCUCAGCCCAUGGAAACUAGUGAGCCCACACCAAAGAGGCUACAGAACAAGAUGGAAAGCCUGCAAAACCUGGUGGAAUCAUUACAGAUCAGAAAACAAGCCAUAUCUCCAAUGGUCAGAACUCAGGAGGUGAAGACAAAGAAAUCCAAGGAAAAGGAGAGACAGCUCUCCAAGCAAAGGCACUGA